GAUAUCAGCACUGUCAGCAGUCUGAAAGUUAUUUGGCGUUUGUGUCCAUUCUGCCGCUUCUGACGCCUACUAUUCAAAUUUAAUUAAUUUAUUUAUAUCCAGUAAUCAUAUUGAUAAGGGAGCAAGCGAAAACUUUUGUGCGUCUGUUUGUUCGCGUUUGGCGUUUAUCUUAUCAAAGCUUCGACGUUCUCGCCCCAAGCACUUCAGACAACUGCUGGGAGCGCUUUCCGUUUAUCAACUGCACAGGCAACCAGUCGGUCAGGCGAACAGCAACUGCCCAGCUCUCAGAGGGCAAGUGUAUAGAGCCGCGAAAAAUCAAAACUCCAUAAGAAUAUGUAACUCAGUGUGUGAAAAUGACGGCGACGGUCAAAACAAGUGAUAAGUUCUGCGACUGCUAGCCAAAAACAAAAGAAACCAAAUAAACAGAAUACAAACAUACAAAAUACCUGCGAGUGACAGUGCGAGGCACCAAAUAAAUCAAUCUUGGCCAACUAUACAAUAGGUCAAAACAGUCUUCCACAAUGCCUAUACUGCCCACCAUCGAGGAGGAGGGCAAGCUGUCUUGGCUGCGUCAGAUGUGGCACUAUCGCCUGCAGUUUCAGUCCCUGACCGCGGCUGCGCUGGUGUUCGUGGGCAGCGGCAUGCGACUGGCCUGGUCUAUAUUCGAUACGCCAGCGGGCAAGUUCCUGAACAGCUACAGCACCCACAAUCUGAUGAUGAGCUGGUUCAUUGGCGCCGCGUUCGGUGCUCUGCUGGCGGCGCUGUUCGUGCAGCGCGUUACCAAAAACGUGGCCUACACUUCUAGCGGCUUCCUGCUGCUUGUGUCUGGCAUAUUGAAUCUGCUGCUGCCGCGGCACUUCAUCGCCGCCUGCUACAGCAGCGUGAGCGUGGGUGCCGCGUAUGGCCUGACUCAGGUGCAGGCGCUGGUCACGGGCUCGGAGAUGGCCAACAAGUCGAUACGCGGCAUGCUGCUGAGCUGCGAGCGCAUCUUCCUGUGGCUGGGCGUCUGUGUGCAGGUGUUCUAUACGCGUGUCUGGUACACUCUGGAGCCGAUGGAGAGAGGCCACACCAUGCACAUCGAUCAGCUGCACGGCAUCUUUCUGGCCGCCCUGGGCGUGGCUGCUGUCAUAUUGUCCUUGUCCUAUCGGCUGGAGUCGCCGCUGCUGCUGUUGCGGCAAGACCGGGAUAUGGCAGUAGGCGACACGCUCAAACAGCUCAAUGGCCACUCGCAGUCCGGCACUGAGCUGCUGCGCCUGCGCGAGGACUGCCGCCAGCUGCACAACACAAUCGACUGGGAGCAGUUCACCGAUGGCUCGCUUGACUCCUGCUGGCAACGUUGGGCGCGUCGCCUGGUGCCGCUGCUGAAGGUGCUCUUCCUGCGCUGCUUCGCGGCACUGGCGCUCUCGCUGCCUUACAAUCGCGCUUUCCUGGUGGUCAGCUGGCAUGGCCUCGAGUGCGACAUGAACUGCCUCUACUGGCUGGCAUUCUGUGGCCUGCUGGGCAGCCUGGGCGGCGCUUUGCUGGUGGACUGGCAGGGGCGUCGCAAGCUGUGCUCGCUGUCGCUCUUUGUCGCGGGCAUUGUCAUAGUCAUAGUUGGCGGCGUCUUUGAGCAUCUGGAGGCCGUCAAGAAGACCUACUACGACAUCAAUCUGCAAGCGAUUGCGCUGCUCAUGCUGCUCUUUGAGCUGGUUGUAGCUGCGGGUGUCGCUGUGCCCGCCCUGGUCUACACGGGCGAGGCCUUCAGCGUGGCACACAAGGCUAGGUGUUUGGCUGGCGUCCUCAUCUUUGAGCAGGCACUGCAUCUGGGCCUCAUGGCGGCCGCCUUCGAGCACAACCUGAGAGAUUCGGUCUUCUUCUUCACCUUUGGUGGCCUGAGCUUUGUCUUCGGGCUCUUGGUGUUCAUGCUAAUGCCCGAGACUCGCCAGCUGACGCUGUAUGAGUGCCUGCUGAAGUUUAAAAAGCUUCCCUAGACUUAAAUUGCUAAUCGA